UCGACAUGUGGAAAAUGGCGCUCGUUUCUAAUAAACUCGUCCCUUUUCUUCUAAUUAUUUCUUGUUUCUAUGUGGCUGAGGGGCACAAACUCAAUGUACCGAGGAUAAUGUUGCCCUACUUUGCUACUACACCGAUAAAUUUCACUCUAGAAGCAAGCGAUGGCUGUUACCGGUGGCGUUCCUCACGGCCGGAAGUUGCUUCAGUCAAACCUAUGGAAGGUCCGGACCAUCAAUGCUCGCAUUCUGCCAAAGUGACUGCACUGUCCACACACCCAGUGCAGAUGACCAGUGUAAUAUUCGCAGAGGAAGAAGCGAGUGGUCAGAUCAUUAGAUGUGAUGUCAUCGUUGAUAAGAUUGAUCUGAUCGACAUAGUCACAACGACCAGGGUGCUCUACCUAGGGGAUUCACCGGAAGAGUUUGAAGUCAGGGCACUAGACGAUGAGGAUAAUACCUUCACUAGUCUACAGGGUUUGGAGUUUGAAUGGUCCCUACUGUCUGAUAAUGACGCUGAUACUGUCAUCGAUGCUAAAACCAUCUUAAGAUUGGUGACCUAUCAUGAGAUGCCCUAUGACCCGCCCAAGUACAUCGAGCGUAUGGAGGAGCAGGGCAAGCAGGGCGACCGCAUCUUGAUUGAGGGCAUCAGGGCGGGGUCAGCCAAGGUCGCUGUCCGCUUGACCUCUCCAGGAUUCAAGGAUGUGAAGAUGAGUGUAACGAGGGUGAUAGUGAUCGAUCACCUGAUGCUGAAUCCAGCCCAUGAUAUCUACAUCUUGGUCCACGCUCAGAUCAAAUACCAGGUGGAGAAACUCAAAGAGAGCAAGAUUACAGUCGUUCCUAUGCCUUCAGCACAGUACAAACUUGAGAUUCGCAAUAGUGGCAUAGCGAGUCUGGACACCAAGACGUCUACAGUUACCGGUGUAUCACUGGGUACCACUGAGGUUGUGCUUAGAGACAAGAACAUCAAAGAUGCUGUGAGUCUCCCAAGCUCAUCCGUUCAUGUCAUCGAACCCAAGUAUCUUGGCUUUGUUGUUCUACCUGGCAAGAACUGGGUGUUGGAGACGGGUCGUCUGUAUGAAAUCAUGAUUGAAAUAUACGACAGAGACAGUCAUAAGAUGUUCCCUGCAGAUAUACCAAAUAUUCGGAUAAAAGCUGAUUUUGCUGGAGAGUACUUUGAGGUUCUACACUCGACGGUAAACGGCACGUAUCAUCAUAUCCGUGCACUACAGAGUGGAUUGACAGAGAUUGAAGCCGCCCUUGUUUCUAUUGUCAAACCGGAUGGAGAGAUGGAAACCUUUAAGAUACCCAUCAGAGACGCUCAGGAAGCCGAAAUCUUUGACCCCAUCAAAGUGCAGCCGGAAACUGUUGUGUUUCCGUGGCAACCAAGGAAGCCGGCUGCAUAUCAGUACACACUGAAGGCUACUGGUGGUACUGGCAGCUACAUUUGGACGUCAGGUAACCGUAAUGUGGGAACCGUUAACGUCCAUGGAACCAUCACCACGGCAACAGAAACAGGAAUGACCAAUGUGACGGCUGCCGACAAUCGCAAUCCAGCUCACUUUGGUUUGAGUAAAGUGUAUGUACUCCCACCCAGUGAUAUUGCGUUCUUUGAUACUACAGUAGAAGCUUUGGUGGGUUUGACCCUUGACCUCCCUCUAGCUGUGUUUGCUCUCCUGCCUGGUAGUAAGAAACGUGUCGCAAUAAGUGACUGCAGAACGCUGCCGUUGACCAUCACUCUAUCAGACAAUACAGUUUUCCAGAAGACUGAAGACUCACCCGAUCACGUCGACGGAGCAUGCACCAUGAUACCAGUGAGGGCGCUAAAUUCAGGUCACACGCAGGUCACUGUCACGUACGAGUACGGAUCGGUCAGACUACAAGCAUCCGUCACUAUCUCUGCUUAUGUUCCUCUCCAGGUGCUUGAUCCAGAAGGAGUGGCUGUAGUGACCCCUGCAUCUUCCAAGACGUUUGUACUCUCAGGAGGUCCUCGGCCCUGGGUUCUUGAACCGUCUCGAUACUAUGAGACUCUGUCUGCUGAACAUGAAGAAUGGGUCGCUACUAAACACGUCAAACUCUAUGGAUCAAACAAGAACAACCACGUCUUUAAUGUGGUGUGUCUGCAGCUUGGUGAGCAGACGUUUACGAUUACCGUGGGCAACAGUCCCACUGCUAAGAACAAGCAGCCAGCCGUCUCAAGGGCUACAAUCAAAUUCCUGUGUGCUUCACCAGUGCGGUUACAGCUCAUACCGGUCAUUAACCAGCCUCAGCUUGAAGAACCUUGCCCAAUCACUUUAGACUCCAACAAUCAGCUCCCAGUGAUGAACAACGCUAAUCUAGACAUCAUGGUGCGUGCAGUGGACAGCCACGGCAACUUCUUCCAUAACUUCUCCUCCGUCGUCGUCUCAUGGACAAGCUCGGACAACUCCCUGGCCUCCUUCAAGACCCCUCUGACUGCAUACUCUGAUGUGGAUGGCGAGAUAAGAGGAUCCAAGAUCCUUAAGGCAUGGGAGGUUUGUAAAAUGCACGCGAAGCGAGGAACAGUCUCGGUCACUGCCUCGUCCUCUACCUACGAUGCGGCACUCUUCAAGAAACACAAUAUCCAAUUGCCUUUGAAGUUGUAUUCCCUGAGUGCAUCUCUGGAGUUGAUUUUAGUGAAGGAAGCAACAAUUGAACCUGAGCAGAUUGCCAUCUUCAACCAUCCAUCUAAUAGGGUUCAUUUUACACUACAUGGAGGUUCUGGACACUUCCAGGUCAAGCCGAGUAUCCAAGGACUCGCAGAAAUCACCUACGAUGACAAGAGGAAGAAGAUCGAGGUAGCACCAAUGCACGAUGGUAUCUUGACCAUGACAGCCUUUGACCUUUGCCUUACAACCUCCCAGCAUGCAUCAUCCAAGAUUCACAUAGCAGGAGUGAACACCAUCAAGUUGAAAGUUGUGGAUAAGGUUCAAGUUGAUCAUGACAUCACAGCAGCAGUGCAGGUACUAGACUCUACAGGCCAGCCGCUGUCCGUCUCCUACUUCCCAUUGAUGAACCUACAACCUAAACCAGGAUCAGAUAUCAUCACAAUAAGGUAGGACAAUUUUAAAUUC